AUUGAAGCAUUCAAAGCUGGGAAAUCAAAUAUAGAAGAUGCACCUCAUUUUGGACAUUCUUGCAAAGCAGUCACAGAUUCAAACAUUGCUAAAAUUAAAACUCUUAUAAGUGAUGACCCCCAUAUUACAGUUGAAGGUAUUCAGCAUGUGGUUGAUAUUUCGGUUGGAAGUAUUGAAACUAUUUUAUAUACAAAACUCCAUGCUCACAAAGUAUGCUCAAAAUGGGUACUUCACACUCUUUCUGAAAAAAACAAGCAAAAAAAAGUUAAAGUUUCAAAGCAAUUGUUGAAAUAUCUUGAUAAUGGAUUUCAAAAUAUUAUUACAGUUAGCAGAAUUGUGGCAAGUAUUGUGGUAAAAGAAGGACAUACGGUUAAUAGAAGGUAUUAUGGCAAUGAUGUAUUACUGUUAGUUUUUAAAAAUUUUAAGGAAAUCAGUGGCAGAAGCACUGUACGUGACAUCAUGCUGCAUCAUGAUAAUGCGACACCACACAAGGCAAAAGAGGUUACUGAGGUUCUUCGUAAAGAACGAGUAAUAUUGCUUUCCCAUCCCCCCUAUAGUCCAGAUCUAGCCCUCUGUGAUUUUUUUUUAUUUCCAAAAAUUAAAAAAGAGCUUGGUGGGUUAUGA